AUUUAUAAUCGAUAUCAUAGAUGAAGAAAGAAAGAUUUUUAAAAAACACAGGAUGAAAAUACCUCAACUUAUAGUAAUUAUUUUAGCUACAGAAUUUUGUUGAUGUUGACUACUUUGCAAUGCUUUGUUGACAGAAAGAUUGCUUCCUGCGAUUUAUUUUCAAGUUGUGUUAGUUUCACAUUUAAUCUGAGAUACUUAGACAUUAAUUUUAUGAUAAAUCGACAUGAAUUUAUCUAUAAAAAUCACAGUUCUUUUAACAAUACUUUUUAAAGUGUCUUAUGUGUCAUCUCGUAUUCACCUUUUAGUUUUAAAUAAUGAUGUUAGAAGUUACUUUAGAAUGUCCACUUUUGGUUACUUAAGUGGAGGAAAACUGGUUGUCCAAUUAAAUUAUUUACAGUUUCUUACAGGCUAUAAUCCAAAACUUGGACUGACUAUUACGAAAACAGUUAGCGACAGCAUUACUCCUUAUAUGGAGAAUCAGCAAAACAGAUGUUUUCUGGCUGAUGAUGCACUAACAACUGAUGGAAAUAUCCAGAUUGUAUCUUUUCUUUUAGAUUUAAAAAAUAAUGAAUUGUUGGUGAACUGUAGCAGCCUUUUGCCUUUUCUUGAUAUUAAAUCUGGUGAAGGAGAGAAUAUUACUUUCCCAGAUAAGUUCCCAAAACGUGUUCCUAGGGGCCAAAUAAGUGAAGUUCAAAAUAUGAUAAAGCAAAAACGUUCUGUUGAUGAAAACCCUAAAUUAGAUAAUGCUAAAGUGCAAGAGGUAAAUGAAAAACCAAAGGUAAAAUUAAUUGAAGAUAAGUCAAGUACCAAAGAAGAAACUGUUACCGAUGUACCUGUAAAUCGAGAUACCGUUCAGCAACCAGUAGAAGUCAACACUAAAAAAGAUGUUCUAACUGCUGAUGUUUUAAAUUCAAAAACCUGUAAUUCUUUCAAAAUACCAUUUAAAAGUAGUAUUGAUGGACAUAGAAGAACUAUAACAGAUCUGGAGUUUAUCAUCCACAUGAAAAAUGAACAAGCAGUUGGCCUCUACAGUGUAUAUUUUCACAAUUGUGCUGAGAAUGAAGAAUUUCCUAUGGCAGCUAAUCUUUCGAUUGGAAUAAUUGAACAUAAUGGAAAAAACUAUCUAUCUGCUGGAGAAAUACCUUUACCUAAUCUAUACUUUAUGAUGUCUUUCAUCUUCUUGGUAUCUGGUUUUGUGUGGAUUGCAGUCAUAAGGAAGAAAAAAGAAGAAGCUUUCAAGAUCCAUUACUUGAUGGGACUACUAGUCUUUUUGAAGUCGCUCUCUCUACUAUUUCACGGAAUUAACUAUAACAUUAUUGCUAAAGAUGGAACUCCAAUGGAAGCUUGGGCUGUGUUGUAUUAUAUAACUCAUUUACUUAAGGGAGCCCUAUUGUUUAUAACAAUUGUUCUAAUUGGUACAGGAUGGGCAUUUAUCAAACACAUUCUAAGUGACAAAGACAAGAAAAUAUUUAUGAUUGUUAUACCUCUUCAGGUUCUUGCAAAUGUGGCCAAAAUUAUAAUGGAAGAAAGUGAAGAAGGCCAAUCUCAACAUUACACUUGGAGAGAAAUUUUCAUCCUCGUGGACUUAAUAUGCUGUGGAGCUAUAUUAUUCCCUGUUGUUUGGUCUAUCAGGCAUCUUCAAGAAGCUUCUCAUACAGAUGGAAAAGCUGCAAUAAAUUUGGAAAAAUUGAAGCUUUUCCGACAUUUCUACGUAAUGAUUGUUUGUUACAUUUACUUUACAAGAAUUAUUGUAUAUCUCUUAAAGAUAACUGUUCCCUUCCAAUUUGAAUGGAUGGAUGAAGUAUUCCGUGAAGCAGCUACCUUCACCUUUUUUGUAGUCACUGGAGUUAAUUUUCAACCUACCACCACUAAUCCUUACUUUCGAUUAUCUCAAGAUGAUGAAAUAGACAUGGAUGAAGUGAUUACACAAACUGGACUAACUGAAAAUGUCUCCAAAACAGUUCGAUCUCGCGAAUUAGGAACAUUUGAAGAGAAUACAGCCACAAAACGUGAAAGUAGCCAUGAAUAUGAUUGAGAGCAGAAGGUAAACUAAAUUCCUGUUCCUUAGAGAUCUCUUCUGAAUAUAAAAAUAUUGUGCUAUUUAGAACUUAGUUUUCAUCUUUUUCUUCUUCAGUGAAAUUAAAAACAGACUGACUGUUUCAUUGUAAUAUAUGAUGCUUUGUAUAUAAAAGUAUGUAUUUACAAACCUCUGGCAGGUUUUAUUCCUUUUAUAAUAACUGUGCUGUGACUUAUCUUCUUUACGAGUGAAAUACAAUUUUCUUGUUAUUUUUAUAAUAAUGCAAUAGAACCUCAAUUAUACACAUUAUCAGGCCAGGGAGGACUUCUUAUAUAUGUUUUUAAAGUAUAUAAAAACUAAAUUAUGAGUAAAAUUAAUCAGAAUAAGAUGUAGCUAUAAUAAAGUUUUUUUUCUUCACCUAAAUAAUUAUAAAUUCAGUAGGGUCGUCAGAUAACCAAAGUGUCAUAUAAUCAAGCGUCGUAUAAUCAGGAUUCUACUAUUUUGUUAUUACAAAUAUAAAAUGUGUAAAAUAGGAUCCUGCAACUUUCUAUUUCUUUUUUUAUAAGAAUUGGCUUUUAAGGAAGGCACAAUACUAUCAGUUUUAAUCUUAAAUUACCUUAAAAAAUACAAUAAGUUAUCAGUAAUAUUUGCAAAUUAUAUGUAUAGUAUUUUGGAUUUAUAACGCAUUUAAAGAUCUACUUUAGACGCUUUCUUUAAAAUAUUAAAACUGGUUUUUAUUUUUCUUUAUUGUAUAUAUAUUUUACAUCUCUAAAUUAUUUUUGCUCAAAUCACAUUUUAGCCUAAGUAAAUCUUUUGACACAUCAAAUUAGCACCUCUACAUUCUGCAAUAUUUAUGUUAAAUUUUUUUAUACUAGUUAAGGUUUCUUCAAUGAGCUGAGCAGGGCAUCACAAGGUUGUUUCCUGUAUAGGUUAGGAACUUUAAAACAUUUCAUUCGUCUAGAAGAUAACUAUUUAUUUUGAAUAUUCUGAUUUGUAUAGUGAUACCCGUAUCAUUGAAUAUACAGGGUGUUCCAUUAUGACUGGCUUUGAUAUAUCUUUUUUGAGUACUUGUAAAAAAAAUUCAAAUUUAUGCACAUUUUAGUCACAAAUAAAUAUUUAAUAAACUAUUGAACUCAAUAAUAGCAAAAGAGGGAUUAAAAUUAGUUUAAGGGGAAAGCUUGAAAAUAGGAAUAAUGCAUUUCAAUUCCUCUAAAAAAUUAAUUGGUUAUUAAUAAUUUUAAUACUACCUUUAUUCUUCUAAACCUCAAUACUAAUUGAUGGAAAAAAAUUUCUCUUGCUUAAAUAUUAAUUUGGGACACUUAAUGUGCAUAGUUUUUACUUCAUUUUCAUAUGCAAGGUGAUUCCAAAACCAUGGGACCUCGGAAGGGAGGUAGAGCAUACCAUAAGGAUUAGGAGUAGCAUAGGAACCCAUGACUUGAAAUAUUGUACACCGCUAAGGGAUCUUCCCUAUUAUUAACUUUUUUUGUGCCUUUGAAGAAGUAGCUAAAUUAUCCCAAUUUCAUGUUAAUUUUAUGUCUUCUAUUAAUUAUUAUCUGAAGGCUCAAAAAUAGCCAUUUUAUCGUAAUUUAAUGAUUUGGGGAGCUUGUCUAGUUAGUGUUCAAAUCAUUAAAUUACAAAAAAACAGUCACUACUGAACCAAUUUGAAUUCAAUUUUUGACAAUAAUUAUUUGAAAACAAUAAAAUUUAGAUAAAUAAAAUUACCUGUUCAAAGACACAACGUACAAACAGUUAAUAAUGCUAUGACAUUUCUUGUUUAGAGUUUCUAUGUCAUUCUUAAUCCUUAUGUUGUGCUCUACUUACCCGCCAAGCCUUUUCCAGGAUUUUCAUAUCACCCUGUAUAUAAUAAGUGUGGUUAUUAUAGCACACCCUUUAUAUAAUUUUUAAUGCCUUUAUGACUGUGAUGAGUUCGAAUGAAAUUAUUCAUUCUAGCAUUAUUAAAGAAAUCAUUAUUGAAAUUACUUCUCUAAUAAUGCCUAUAACCCUCUUAAUUAAGUCUUGACUUUCCCCGGGAAGUUUCUGUACAAUUUUGUUCAAUGGCUAACGUUUGGAGGGUUAAUAUAUUACCAUUGCUUUGAUAGUCAGAAAAAAAUUUUCUCUUUACUUUGUAUGACUUUUAUUGUAAGAAAAAAUUGAAAAUUGUAUACUUUUGUUUAUGUACCCUCAUUCUAUUUAAAAAUUAAGUGGAAGAAUAGGAAUGUUACUGUUUUUAAAAAAAAAAUGAGUAUAAUUGAUGGAAAGAUAUUAGAAAAAAAAAGAGCUGAAAUUAUUAUAUUGCAUUGUGAUAAAAUGACUCAUUGUGUAAGUUUUAUACUUAUCUGCUAUCUUAAAAUGCAUUUGCUAUGAAGCUUGAAAACUUUUGUUCCUAAAAGAAGUUAGCUCAACUAAAUAUUGAUUAAAGUUAUGGAAUUUUUUUUUCUUUUCGUAUUAAAUAAAUUGUGUGUUUACUGAUGUACAAGUUGAACUAGUGAAUAAAUUGUGUAAAAUCAUUUAAAAAA